CCUCCUGAUUCUGCUCUGAAUCGUCUCGCGUCUCGACCUCUCUCGCUGAAUCAUCUCAGGUAACGGAUUGUUAACUGCGUCUGGACUACAUUGAAAUCAAUUGAAUAGAUGAGGGACUACAUAAGUACAAUUGAUAGAAAGGGGGCGAAUUAAGGAAUUUGGAAGAGAGAAAGCAGAGAACGGAGAAAGAAGACCAGAAGCAGGAGAGAGAGAGAGAGAGAGAGAGAGAGAGAGAGAGAGAAGCAAUUCGAAACCAGGUCUAGGGUUUUCCGCAGGGUUCGAUUUCCAAGUGCACUAUCGUUCACCUUAUUUAUAUUCCACUUAUGCGUUUCUCGCCGUGAACGCUCUCUGUGUUUCUCGUCUCCGGCGACCUUCCGCCGACAACAAAUAGUAGAAGUAAAAUGAAGAAGUAUGGCUUGCAACUUAGGGCUCAGUCAUCCCAGCAAAAGAAGCAGCCAGGAAGACCUCCACUCCCAACUCCUCUUGGUUUCCAUGAUGAGGAUGACGAUGACGUUGAGAGAGAGAUUUCUCGCCAGGCGAGCAAGAACAAGGCUCUCAAGGAUAUUGAGGAGCAGCAUAAGAAAGCGUUGGAAGAGGAUCCCUCUGUAUUUGAUUAUGACGGAGUAUAUGAGGACAUGAAACAGAAAGUGGCUCGCCCUUUGGCCCAUGAUCGGCAGGAGAGAAAGCCUAAAUAUAUUCAAGCACUGAUUGACAAAGCCAAACAACGGGAGCGAGAGCAAGAGAUAGUGUAUGAGAGAAAACUUGCUAAAGAGAGAGACAAAGAUGACCACCUCUUUGCAGACAAGGACAAAUUUGUUACCAGUGCUUACAAAAAGAAACUUGCUGAGCAGGCUAUGUGGCUGGAGGAAGAACGUCUGCGUCAACUCCGAGAAGAAAAAGAGGAUGUGACCAAGAAGAAAGACAUCACUGACUUUUACUUCAACCUAUCAAAGAAUGUUGCAUUUGGUGCCCAAGAGGCUGAGACAAGGAAAUCCGGGAAGCGGCAAAAAGAAGCGAGUGUUGGUACAUCAGAAGAAAGACCUCAAUUGACUAAAUCGUCCUUGGAGUCUACGGAGCUGAGCAAGGGGCAUCGGGAUGAGGCUUCUAGGGUUGCAGAGGAGAGAUUUGAGCCCAUAGAGGCAAAACCUGCUUCUAGGAUUUCUGAGGAGAGAUCUGAGCCCAUAGAGGCAAAACCAAUUCCUGAUGCUUCCGCACAAGCUGUUGGUGAACAACCAUUGGCAGACCAACCAAGACGUGAUCACCACCAUAAGAGAAAUGAAGAUUCAGUUGCUGCCGCUAAAGAACGCUUUCUAGCACGGAAGAGGGUGAAGGAACAGUAAAUCCCUGUCUAUUGUCUGUAGCUGUCUGGUACUCUUUAGGCAAGGUUUGGUUUGAUGGAAUGAGAAGUGGAAUGGAAUGGUUAUUAUUCCCAUGGAAUGUCUACUCAGAUGUUCGAUAUACUAAAAAUUGAAGGAAUAGCCAUUCCAAAUGUAAAGGAAUAGCUAUUCCAUUUGAAAGGUAGAGAAUUACAAUUUCAUUCCAUCAUCCCCAUUUGGAUUGUUAACGGCACUCACAUAAUUACUAAUGCCACUCCAAAAUUUGCUAAUGCCACUACAAAUUUCAUUC